AUGAAAGCUCCAAAAGCCUUCCUCCAUGAUAUUUUCUCCCAUCCAUUUGCCUUGAUAGGCUUGGGUUGCUAUACCCUUGUGCUUUUUGCUUACACGAAGCUAUGGGGGCUAUUUCGAUGGGAAAUCCCCCGCAAAGUCAGAGUGGUUGUGGAGACGGUCAUGAUUAACUUGAGCAUUUUCCUGUCAACUGUCCUCAAUGACGAAUGGUCUCUGGCCAUAGUGUUCGCGGCCACUAUGCACCUCGUGUGCCUGUGCAAUCUCGCCGUUGUCGUCGACUCCAUUGGCCUUUACGAUACUCUACUGUCCUCCUUCGGCGCUGGCGUUUUCACGCAGGCUGAUAAGAAGUUUUCGACGAGCGUGGCCAUUGCCAUGUCUUCUGCGUUCACUUCACCAUGUUCAUGGCACUUCCACCAGUUUCAACGUGAGUGCUCUGAUGCGGAGAAAGUCCACGGGGUCUUUGAGGCUGUCGAGAAGCCAGUUGAGAAUGCUUUGGGGGCUGCGAAAAGUGCAGCGAAGGCCACCAAAGAUGCUGCGGUUGCAGCCGAAGACAAUCUGAAGGCUGCUGGAGAGGCAUCUGGAUCAGCUAGGGGGGUUAAGGCACUGGCCGCCGCCGUCGCGUUGGAAGAGGCUAUGAUGGCGGAAUCGGCGAUGAAAGUGGCCGCCGCAGCAUAG